AUGCUCAUUCAUUUGGGCUGCCAACAUCCAUCCAGACUGAGGAUGACCUGGAAAUUUGGUGGUCAUGUGAGUCAUGGUCAUGGCCCCAUCAACAAACACUGGAAGCACCCAGGAGGCCUGGGUGAUGCUGGUGGCAGGCAUCACCACAGGAUCAACCUGGACAGAUAUCACCCAGCUUACUUUGGAAAAGUUGAUAUGAGACCUUACCACUCAAAGAGCUUCUGCCCAACUGUCAACCUUGAUAAACUGUGGACUUUAGUAAGUAAGCAGACACGGGUCAAUGCUGCCAAAAACAAGACUGGACCUGCUCCUAUCCUUGAUGUGGUGCGAUUGGGGUACUACAAAGUUUUGGGAAAAGGAAAGCUCCCAAGAAAGCCUGUCACCAUGAAGGUCAAAUUCUUCAGUAGACAGACUCAGGAAAAAAUUAAGGAUGUAGGGUGA